CGCACUCGGUGCACACACUGUGGUUUGCGGUGGCGCCGUGUGACGCUCGUCCGGUGCAGGUGGUGGAAGUGUCCCGCCGCUGACGGAGCGCGAUGAUAACAUAACGCCGCCUCGACCUCCGACCGAUCGUUCCCGCGUCUCUCCGCCCGCUCCUCCCGCUCCUCCCGCGCCGCGAUGCCGCCGCCGCCGCAGCGCGUGUUCGCUCUGCCGAGGCAGCAAUCUCUGCUGCUGCCCGCGGUCAUCAACCCCUUCAUCCAAGACACUCACCUGACCAAAGCGGCCAUAAUAAAAUGUGUCCUCUUGGGUAUCAUCCUGGUCCCCAUCCGCGCUGUCCUCAUGUCCCUGGUUCUGAUGGUGACAUGGCCUGUGGCCGUCCUAAUAACCCUCAACCAUCCUCUGAAAGGAGCAGUGGAGCCAAUGACAGGCUGGAGAAGGGUCAUGUGUCGGAGAGUGCUGGCAGCUUUGGGGCGGACUUACUACUUCUGCAUGGGCUUCAGAGUGGUGGUCAAGGGCAAGCAAGUGGACAGCACCGUGGCCCCCAUCCUGGCUGUGGCCCCGCACUCCACCUUUUUCGAUGGGAUCGUGUGCCUCGUGGCAGGCCUUCCCUCCACCGUCUCGCGUGUCGAGAACCUUGCUACACCCAUCUUUGGCAGGUUUGUGCGCUGUCUUCAGCCUGUGCUGGUGUCCAGAAAGGACCCCGACUCCAGGAAGAACACAAUCCAGGAGAUUGAAAGCAGAGCCAAGUCCAAAGGCCGGUGGCCACAGGUUUUGAUUUUUCCAGAGGGAACAUGUACAAAUCGCUCAUGUCUCAUCACUUUCAAACAAGGUGCUUUUGUCCCCGGGGUCCCUGUGCAGCCUGUGAUUAUGAGAUAUCCCAACAAACUGGAUACAGUGACUUGGACUUGGCAGGGUUUCGGCUCGAAGAUGCUGCUGCUUCUGACUCUGAGCCAGCUGUACACCACAGUGGAGAUAGAGUUCUUGCCAACGCAGAUCCCCACAGAGGAGGAGAAGAAGAGCCCUCCCCUGUUUGCUAGCAGAGUGCGACAAACUAUGGCCCAAACCUUGGCAGUGCCCGUGACGGACCACACGUACGAAGACUGCCGCCUGAUGAUCUCGGCUGGUGAGCUGACGCUGCCCAUGGAGGCCGGCCUGGUUGAGUUCACCAAGAUAAGCCGUAAACUCAAUCUGAAGUGGGACAAUGUGAAAAAGGACCUGGAGGGCUUCGCAGCAAUUGCCGGCUCUUGCAAAGGGGGACGGAUCACCAUCGAGGAGUUUGCCAAAUUCCUGAAGUUGCCUGUCAACCCAGCCCUCGAGGAGCUCUUUGCAUUGUUUGACAGGAACGGAGACGGCACCAUAGACUUCAGAGAGUACGUUAUCGGCGUGACCAUUUUGUGUCGACCAGCCAACACAGAAGAUGUGCUUCGGAUGGCUUUCCAGCUGUUCGAUAUUGAUAAGGAUGAGAAAAUCACCCGGGAGGAGUUCAGUGCUCUGCUGCGCUCAGCUCUGGGUGUUUCCAACGUUAACAUGGCCAAACUCUUCAAGGAGAUUGAUGCUGACCACUCUGGUUUCAUCACCUUUACUGAAUUUCACAACUUCGCCAUGGUCCACCCGGAGUACGCCAAGCUCUUCUCCACCUACCUGGAGCUCCAGAGAUACCAAGCCAUCCAGGAGGCGACGCCAGGUGAUCUGGAAUUAACCGGUUCAGCGGAAAAACAGGAAGAGAGCACAUCUGACAAAAAAGACGACUGAGCGUGAGACCGAGGAUGACUGUGAACUGUCCUCGACUCCCCGACGCUAGAACGGAAAAAGCAAACGCGUGUCCUGCCUUCUGACUUUAAACACAUUCAAGUCGUUUCCCACAACAGGUCAACAUUGUAGGUCAUGUGCUUGCCUUUUUAUAAAUAGUUUAUUAAUAGUACUUCUUUUUUAAAAGUCGGUGCCUUAUCGAGAUCUCAAAGAACCACCUCCCGCACAAUAAAGUUUUGUGUGUAGGUGUGUUUUGGUUAUGUGUUAUUUGUAAAAAAAAGAAAAUAUGGCAGAAAAGUCACACGGGACUCCGUUUUAAAAGGUGUUGAAUUAAAAAUUCAGAGCAUUAACAUCAACAAGUUAGUGUCAGCUUUUUUUUAAUAUACUUAAACUGCCUCGCCAUACUUUUGACUUUUGACCACAUUCUAUGUAUCUGCAGCUUUCCUUUGCUUGGACUUGGAUAAACGUACAUGUGGCGUUGUGUACCUUCUUCUUGGUCCCGUGUAAAUGAGUAGAGAACAAUUGCCGAACCAACACCUUUUUAAAUACAACCAAAAGGCCCACGUGCUUCUGUGUUGCAGUAUAAUUAGUGUACUGUGAGCUUCGUUAAGAUCUCUCCAAUUGGGCAAACGCACUGAUGUUCUCUAGUAAAUCCAUGUCUACAAGGAGCAUACGUGCUGUGCAUUACACUUAUUUUCAGCGCCCGGGGGCCACGGACCUUGUAAGACGGCUGUAUAAUUAGCCAGAGGUUUGUUUUGCGUCUGUAUCUAUUUGCAUUUCUACCGAAGGCGGUUGUUGCUGAGACAGCAGCACGUCUGUGCAGCUUUAAGUUCACUAAAGCAAAUCAACCGCUGAAUUUAGGGCAAUUUGUGAGCAAAAAGGCAACAGCGCUUCUUCACAACAUCGCAUCCCAGAGGGGUACGCUUUCAGAAUAACUAGCGCCACGCGCAUUGCAAUUAUGUGAAUUCUUUUUUCUUUUUUGUUAACACUGCAAAGUUUGCUUUUUAAAAUAAAACAAGGAGUACAAUUUUAAUCUUGCCGGAUUUUUUGUGUUCAUCACUGAGAGAGAACUAAUGACUUGGGCUGUAGAUUUUGAUUUUCAUGGAGCAGAGAUGCCUUGGAAAUAUCUGGUUCACUACAUCACCACCAGGGGCCAGUACUUACCUACGAAUACUUCCUCCAUGUGUUUGUUUUUUGUUUCUUGUACUAAAGUAUUAGUUUGAAAUUCGGCCAGUAUAGAAAACAAUGAUGUUUAAGUUACACUCUGAUUUACGGAACGUGUAUUGGUAUGAGUAGGAUAUUGCGUAAGUGUGCAAAUGUUGCAAUUAAUCCUGAGGCACUGAAAAUGAGUUUUGUCAUCAUUUAAAAUUAAUAUCAGCAAAAAAAGUGAGUUAAUCUUUGAUCUUGAACAUAAACAUUUCAAUAAAUAUCUUAAUUGGU